GGCACAGGAAGAGCCACGCUGCUGUCAGGGUGGAUGGCGUCUUGGGUGAUGCUGGGAGCCUCGCUGGCUGGACUUGAGGACCUGCGCACGUGUGCCGACCCCGGUGUCCCAGAGCACGGCUUCCGGGCCCCCAGCGGAGGCGUCUUCUUCGAGGACUCCGUGACCCGGUUCCACUGCCAGGACGGCUUCAAAUUGAAGGGCUCCAUCAAGAGGCUGUGUGUGAAGUACCCCAAUGGGACACUGGGCUGGGUCCCCAGCGACGGGCCGGUCUGCAUGAAGGAAGAAUGCCGCAUGCCUCAGGUCGAAGAUGCAGAGAUUCAUAACAAGACAUACAGAUAUGGAGACAAGCUGAUCAUCGCCUGUCACGAGGGAUUCACCAUCCGCUACCCCGACCUGUACAACGUGGCUUCACGGUGCCGCGACGACGGCACAUGGGACAACCUGCCCACCUGUCAAGGCUGCCUGAGACCCCUGGCCGCUGCCAAUGGCUACGUGAACAUGUCCGAGUUCCAGACCUCCUUCCCCGUGGGGACGGUGAUCGCCUACCACUGCUUCCCGGGGUUCAAGCCCCAGGGGCCCCAGUUCCUCGAGUGCUUGCACAGCCUGACCUGGUCGUCCAGCCCACCCCGGUGCCUUGCUCUGGAAGCCCAAGUUUGCCCACUACCUCCCAUGGUGAGUCACGGGGACUUCGUCUGCCAUCCGAGGCCUUGUGAGCGCUACAACCACGGCACGGUGGUGGAAUUCUACUGCGACCCUGGCUACAGCCUCACCAGUGACUACAAGUACAUCACCUGCCAGUAUGGGGAGUGGUUCCCGUCCUACCAGGUCUACUGCAUCAAGUCUGAGCAAACGUGGCCUGGCAUGCACGAGACACUCCUGACCACCUGGAAGAUCGUGGCGUUCACGGCCACCAGCGUCCUGCUGCUGCUGCUGCUCGUCGUCCUGGCCAGGAUGUUCCAGACCAAGUUCAAGGCCAGCUUCCCACCCAGGGGACUCCCCAGGAGCUCCAGCAGCGACCCCGACUUCGUGGUGGUGGACGGCGUGCCCGUUCUGUUGCCAUCCUACGAUGAGGCUGUGAGCGGAGGCACGAGUGCCUUAGGCCCUGGGUUUCUAGCCGCCGUGGUGCUGGUGGAUGACCAGAGCCCCCCGGCCUACCCCGGGGACACAGACAUGGGCACGGGGGACUCCUCAGAGGCCUGUGACAGUGCCUCGGGCCCCUCUGAGCUGCUCCAGAGUCUGUACCCACCUCCCCCGAGCCAGGUGCGAGCCUGUCCCACCCCCGAGGACCCCAACCCAGUGGCCGGCACCCUGGACACGGCGUCCACCAGCCCGGGCAUCAACAUUGCAGACGGGAGACUCGCAUUCCAAACUGUAACCACCGCCUCCCUUACAGAGAUCCCUCUGAUGGAAGACGGUGCCUAGGGCUGAAAGCGGAUGACCCCGCUGCCCUCAGGGAGGGACCUGGAUCUGCAAAGCGAGGCCGCAGAAGGACAGAGCUGAGCCCGGGUGCCGUCUAAUCCACAUUGCUGGGCCCCAACUCCCGCAGCCCAUUUGGAAGUCGGCACAACUGACUCGCUGCCCAGCCAAUGAUGUUGAACGAGAGUCAAGGAUGCCAGGACCAGGCGCAGAAGAGCAGGGACCCGGGCCGUGGAGAAAGGUGUGCGCGCGCCUGCUCCACACACACCCGCGACGCUCAGCCUGCUGCCUGGAGCACCCACCUGAAAGCAUGUUGCGCUCACAUGGUGUAAAUUUGCUGCUCGCGUCUGCCGCCCCUGCCCUCAGAGUCCGUGCUGUCCUGAGGAGCAGGGCGCCCGCCCUCUGCGGGGACCCAGCUGUCCUCCCUCCCUGAUGCCUCUGUUCCUGGCCCUGCAGUGUGGCGAGAGAGGAAGGGGAGGGAAUUCUGGAGCCUGUGACUUCAUGAGCCAGAUGUGCCGAGACGCUUCUCGUGGGAGGGAUGGGACCGAGGUGCUCUGUGGCUCCACUCCGCAACUGUGUGGGGGCUCCAUCCUGUGCCCCGCUUCGAGGCCUGGCCGUACUUUAUUUU